GGAAAAAACAAUUCAGUUUGUUCACAAUUUGGCAUUUAAAAGCACCAAAAUGUCCAUAGGUUAGAUUUUCUUUCUUUUCUCUCUUCUUCUACUUUCUUUUAUUUCAAAAACCCUUCCAUAAUCCACCCCAACCCCCCUUCUUAGCUUGUGCAGAUGAGUUUUCAGUGUGGUGUUGUUGCCGUUAGAUUAAUGGGUUUUUUGAGUAGAUAUUAUUUCUGAGUAUUUGUAGAAAACCAAGUGAAAUUAAGAAUAAAAUUAAGAGGAAGAAGGUGAGGUUUUGGUUAAAGAUGGCGACUGCAUCUUCUUCAUCAGGGCCUUUCUUCGGAAUUAGAGAAGAGAAUCAAAGCCAGACGAAACAACAACAACAACAACAACAUACACCGACUUCAUCAACUGGCCCGGUUGAUCCAUCGCCGCCUCCCAAGAAAAAGAGAAACCAACCUGGAACUCCAAAUCCAGAUGCAGAAGUGGUAGCACUAUCUCCCAAGACAUUAAUGGCUACAAACAGGUUCAUAUGCGAGGUAUGCAACAAAGGGUUCCAAAGGGAGCAAAAUUUACAGCUUCAUAGAAGGGGACACAACUUGCCAUGGAAGCUAAAGCAGAAAACAACAAAAGAAGUGAAGAAGAAGGUGUAUCUAUGCCCGGAGCCCACAUGCGUCCACCAUGACCCGUCGAGGGCACUUGGGGACCUUACGGGCAUCAAAAAGCAUUACUCGAGAAAACAUGGUGAGAAGAAAUGGAAGUGCGAGAAGUGUUCCAAGAGGUACGCCGUGCAAUCUGAUUGGAAAGCUCAUUCUAAGACCUGUGGCACCAGAGAGUACAGAUGUGACUGUGGCACUCUCUUCUCAAGACGUGACAGCUUUAUCACUCACAGAGCAUUCUGUGAUGCACUGGCUCAAGAAACUGCAAGGCACCCUCCUCCUUUAAACUCCAUUGGCACCCAUUUGUACGGAACUAGCAAUUAUAUGGGCUUAGGGUUAUCUCAAGUUGGAACCCAAAUUUCAUCCAUUCAAGACCCGAAUAAUAAUCAAACUGCGGCUGACAUCCUCAAACUUGGUGGUGGUGGGGCUUCAAGGAGUUCCCAAUUUGAUCAUCUUCUUCCUCCAUCAAUGGGUUGUUCUUCAUCAUCAUCGUUUCGACCUCAACAACAGGCCAUGGGUUUCGUCAUGGAAGAAUCUAAUCAGAUUUUCAACCAAGAACAUCAAUCCCAGCAUGGGUUGUUGGGAAACAGCAAACCAUUCCAAGGAUUAAUGCAGUUUCCUCCCGACGACAACAACAACAACAACAACAACAACGCAAGCAACGCUUCUUCGGCUGCCAAUCUCUUCAACCUUAGCUUCCUUUCCAACAGUGGCAACAAUGGCGGUGCUGGCGAUUAUAAUUUAACAUCUUCGGGUUUGCUCAUGUCUGAUAAUUUCAACAAUGAAAACGGCGGCAAUGGUGGGACCAACAACGCCGCCAACCUCUUCUCCAACAACUUAAUGAGUGAUCAAAUGACUUCCAACAUCCCUUCUCUCUUUAGCUCAUCGGUUCAAAACAAUGACAUGGUGCCCCAAAUGUCAGCCACCGCAUUGCUUCAAAAGGCUGCUCAAAUGGGCUCUACUUCAAGCAACAAAAACACCAACGACGAUUCCCUUCUAAGAACCUUUGCAAACUCUUCUUCAACCGGAACCAAAACCUCCAACUUCGGCGCCAUUUUCGGAGAUACGGCUGGCAACAAUCUACAUGAACUAAUGAACUCCAUUGCCAGCGGAAAUUCCCCCAUUUUCGGAAGCGGCUAUGACGCUGUACAUGGUCAAGAAAGCCCUUACACAAAUAGAAGUAGCAUGGGACAAGAACAACCGCCGCAAAGUAUGAAUGUUAGCGGUGGCGGGUCGGAUAGAUUGACUCGGGACUUCCUUGGGGUUGGGCAAAUAGUUAGAAACAUGAGGGGAGGAGCGGCACAACAACGACAAGGAAUUGGGAUAAGCAGGCUGAGUUCAGAGAGAAAUAGUAACAUAACGGCGCCGACAAGCCAGCAAUCUUUCGGAGAACGUGGGAAUUUCCAGUGACGAAAGAAAUCCCAAAAAGAGUAAAAGGAGAAAAGAUAUGAAGAAAGUACAAAGAUAUUGAUGGAUGGCAAGGUGGGUCAAGUAUAAGUCCAUGGAGAAAAGCGGAUCAAAAUCAACAAAAAUGCAGCUAAUGAUAUCAACCUCUCUCUUAUAGAUUUGUACCAAAACCUGCUUCCUUUUUUCUCUUCGACACCAUCUUUUUCAUAGCCCCCUGAAACAAACAUAACUUUCUCUUGUUUCCUUUUUUUUAUUUAUUAUUAUUAUAGUAAGGUUAUCGAUUUCAA